GACCAGUCGUUAAUACUUUGGUCAACGUUUCAAAGAGUCAUCUUUUCUGUCGAUGAUUUGCUCCAUUGAUUGCUGAAGAAACCAGAAAACACACACAGAGAGAGAUUCGCUUCUCCAUUUCCUUCCUUUGCAGAAAUCAAUCAAAAUGGUUGGUGGUGGUGAUACAACAGAUACCAAUAUGAUGCAGAGAGUUCAUUCUUCUUCCGGUACAUCGUCUUCUUCGAUCCCUAAACAGAAUCUUCACUUGAAUCCUGCUCUUAUCCGCUCUCACCACCAGUUCCGUCAGCCUUUCACCGGAGCUCCACCGCCGAUUCCUCCCAUUUCUCCUUACUCUCAGAUCCCGGCGACUUUACAACCUAGGCAUUCUCGGUCUAUGUCGCAACCGUCGUCUUUCUUCUCCUUUGAUUCAUUGCCGCCGUUAAAUCCGCCGGUUUCGGUGUCGGUGGAGGAAAAAACCGGCGCCGGAUUUAGCCCUUCUCUGCCUCCUUCGCCGUUUACGAUGUGUCAUUCUUCUAGCUCUAGGAACGCCGGAGAUGGAGAGAAUCUACCGCCGAGAAAGUCUCAUAGGCGUUCGAAUAGUGAUGUUACUUUUGGGUUUAGUUCAGUGAAUCAAAAGUCUCCUCCUUUGAGUUCAUUGGAGAGAUCGAUCUCCGGAGAUAUUUCAGAUUGGUCUAAUCUGGUGAAGGACGAACCAAUAGAACGCUUCUUCAAGGGAAGAAAACCACAGAGUGAAGCAGCUAUGGACGAUGUUUUCACGGCUUAUAUGAAUCUUGAAAACAUUGAUGUCUUGAAUUCUUUUGGAGGUGAAGAUGGGAAGAAUGGUAAUGAGAAUGUGGAGGAGAUGGAGAGUAGUAGAGGUAGCGGGACGAAGAAGACGAAUGGCGGAAGCAGUAGUGAUUCUGAAGGAGAAAGCAGUGCGAGUGGGAAUGUGAAGGUUGCGGUGAGUUCUUCUUCUUCAGGCGUGAAGAGAAGAGCUGGCGGAGAAAUUGCUCCGACUAGUAGACAUUACAGGAGUGUUUCUAUGGAUAGUUGUUUCAUGGGGAAGUUGAACUUCGGCGAUGAAUCAUCAUCUCUUAAGCUUCCGCCUUCAUCAGCUAAAGUUUCCCCAACCAAUUCAGGUGAAGGGAAUUCGAGUGCUUAUAGUGUCGAAUUUGGAAACAGUGACUUUACUGCAGCUGAAAUGAAGAAGAUUGCAGCCGAUGAGAAACUCGCUGAGAUUGUAAUGGCUGACCCUAAGCGUGUAAAAAGAAUCUUGGCGAACCGCGUAUCUGCUGCACGUUCAAAGGAGCGGAAGACGCGAUACAUGGCAGAGUUAGAACACAAGGUGCAGACACUUCAGACUGAAGCUACUACAUUAUCGGCUCAGCUCACGCAUUUGCAGAGAGAUUCAAUGGGGUUGACAAACCAGAACAGUGAGCUGAAGUUUCGUCUUCAAGCUAUGGAGCAGCAAGCACAACUCCGCGAUGCUUUGUCAGAGAAACUGACUGAAGAAGUCCAGCGGUUGAAACUGGUGAUUGGGGAGCCGAACCGCAGGCAAAGUGGCAGCAGCAGCAGCGAAUCAAAGACGUCACUAAACCCGGAGAUGUUUCAGCAGCUUAGCAUAAGCCAGUUACAACACCAGCAGAUGCAGCAUUCCAAUCAGAGUAGCACAAUGAAAGCAAAGCACAUGUCAAACGAAUAGGAAUCAAAUGAAUGGCUAUGAAACUAAACUGAAACUGAUUCUCUUGCUUAGACUGCUCUCCAGCUUCAUCUCCUCCUUUGUUCUUUAUCGCUGUUUAUUACCUGACGAUCUUUGAACAUGUUCUUGAAUUGUUUUAAGUAAAAUAGAAUGAUGGAUUGGAU